AUGAGUCAACGUAACUACCGUUUGAUCAACGAUAUUGAACGUGAAUUGGUUAUUGGCUUUUCGAGCAACCCACUGAUAGGUCGUAAUCCGAAAGCGCUUACUCAGCAGCUCAAAGACGGCGGGUAUGGUGAACUAAGUGAAUAUUACGACAAAAUAAAAUCGAAAACGGCCGCAAAUCGAAUCAAUGAAAUACUAACGUCGACAGCACAACGAGUUGCCGCUACCCGUAUAAACAACGAGCAAAAUUUCUCCCCGUCACCAUCAGACACACUUGAUUAUGUGUCGUACGAUGACGGCUACAUGUUUUAUGGCAACGCACCAACGCCCGUUCAGUCUCCACGUUCAUCUCAAAAGAAGGUUGCCGUCGACUUAGCGACACAAUUAACCACAACAUCACAAGCAACAAUAAUGAGCGCAUAUCAAAGUCAACUCGAAUACCAUCGUCAACGUCAUCUGGCUAGAACGGUACCAGUGAAUCGACAGGCAGGUGAAUCUUUGUAUACAGGCGAGGACAAUGCUAAUCUAUAUUCGAGAUCGUUUUCGCUCGUACCACGACAAAACUCAAACAUAGCGAUAUCGACCAACGAUCCGCCCUCGCCACAAACCGAACAAGAAGUUGAACUAGUACAUCAACAAGUAAACGAUGACCGGCGAGACGAUGGUACGCAAGAACAACAGUCGAGUACACCUGAAGCAGAAGAUGAAAUCGUGUGUAUUGAGAAAAUAUCGACGCCAACUGAUCGUAAACCACGAUGGCUCAUACAGCCUCGUCUCUAUAGCGAUAAGCAGCUGGACGAUUUACUCAGUGGUAUGGCCAUUGCAAAGGCCACUAAUCAAGUUUUGAAUGGUGAGUUGCUGGUACCAUUCAAAUAUUUGAUACUGGAAGAAGAUGUCAAGCCUCGAUUACCGUCUCCAUCACCCGAAGCACCGGACAUUGAAUCAACAUCGGCUCUGCACGUCAUUGAUCACCCACAGCCACAACCAAGAGUAGAGCAAUCGAACACGUUGUGA